UUAAUUUGCCCGAAGUACUCUUAAUUUAGAAAAAAAACUCCUUAAUUUUGGUGCUUAUACUAUAUCCAAAAUAGUAUUAUAAUACAUAGAUUUUAGAACAUGUAUAACCAAUUUAGAAAACGAUGGGACAUUGAGCAAAAGACAAAGGUUAUGAUUGAUUCGCAGUCAAGACUUGAAUUGGACUCUAAUAAGUAAAUGCCACAUAAGUAAUUGUAAAUUAUAGUUAAGAAAUGUUACGGUUCUCCAUUGAUGUUCCUGAAUAUGUUUAAAAGUUAACUUUGACAUUACAUGCGUAUCGCUUUUGCCUUGGCCGUCUAACCGAUAAAUACGCGUUACCAUGUGAUCAAAAUAGAAGAGAAACAAAAUGAAAAGGUGAUUUGUUUGCUGAUACACCGCCGGUAUCUAUUAAAUGAGGGAUUGUAUUUGCAUGAACACCGGCCAUCUGACCUAUUGACCCCACAAAAUGGCGCAAGCAACUGGGAGCGGUGUUUACCUCGGAUUUGAUUUUAGCACACAACAGAUAAAAGUAAUCGCAGUGGAUGAUGACUCCAAGGUUUUAAAUGAAGCUGCUGUUAAAUUUGAUACAGACCUUCCAGAGUUCAAGACUCAGGGUGGAGCUCACAUCCACAAUGAUAAAGUCACAGUUACUGCACCAACUCUCAUGUGGGUCAAGGCUCUUGAUCUCCUGAUGGACCAAUUGAAAGCAAGCAGUUUUGAUUUCUCCAAAGUUGUGGCAAUAUCUGGAGCAGGACAGCAACAUGGCAGUGUGUACUGGAAAUCUGGAGCCAGAGAUACCCUGCAGCAUCUGGAUCCAGCCAAACCACUACAUCAGCAGCUGCAGGAUAGCUUCAGUGUGACAGACUCACCAAUAUGGAUGGACUCCAGUACCACCCAGCAAUGUCGACAGUUAGAGACUGCUGUUGGAGGACCUAUGCGCCUUGCAGAAAUCACAGGAGCAAGAGGAUUUGAGAGAUAUACAGGAAAUCAGAUAAUGAAGAUAUCUCAAACCCAGAGUGAUGCCUAUGCUAAAACAGAGAGGAUUUCCCUGGUGAGCAGUUUUGCUGCAACACUAUUCUGUGGGGAUUAUGCACCGAUAGACUACAGUGAUGGGUCCGGUAUGAACCUUCUGGACAUUGUCAACAAGUCUUGGUCCCCUGAAUGUUUAAAGGCAUGUGGGGAUGACUUGGCCCUGAAGUUAGGCGAGCCAGUUCCUUCCUGUACUGUUGUGGGUAAAGUGUCCAGGUAUCUUGUAGAUAGAUACAGCUUUUCCCCAGCUUGUCAAGUGGUGGCCUUCACAGGUGACAACCCAGCCUCCCUGGCAGGACUUGCACCUAGGGAAGGGGAUGCUAUUGUGAGCCUGGGUACCAGUGAUACAGUGUUUCUGUGGCUCACUGAGCAGAGAGCAGGUCUGGAGGGACAUAUAUUUGUCAACCCCAUCGACACUAACGACUACAUGGCUCUUGUCUGUUUUAAGAAUGGGUCACUGACAAGGGAGAGAAUUCAGCAGGAGAGUGCUGGUUGUUCCUGGGACACCUUUUCUAGCUACCUGGCUGACACACCUAUGGGUAACAAUGGAAACAUAGGUAUAUAUUUUGAUGCAACAGAAAUCCAGCCUUUGGCAAUGGGCACAUCAAGGUUCAAUAGCAAAGAUGAGAAGGUUGGCAGUUUCUCACCUGAAGUAGAGGUACGAGCUGUGUUGGAGAGUCAGUUUUUAGCCAGAAGGAUGUACGCAGAACACAGAGGAAUGAGUGUUGGUCCCCAGACACGGGUUUUAGCUACAGGUGGGGCUUCUUCAAAUAAAGAAAUUUUACAGGUUUUGUCUGAUGUCUUCAAUGCUCCUGUCUACGUAACCGAGGUUCCAAACUCGGCAGCUCUCGGCGGUUGUUACAGGGCAAAGCAUGGUGUGACAGGAUUGAAGUUUUCCGAUGUCGUAAAGGGCCACCCAGAGCCUGUGUGUGUGGCAACGCCCAGCAAAGGAGCAUCUGAGAUGUACCAGAGUAUGAGUGAACGGUACAAAAAGCUAGAACAGCUGAUGUAGUUAACUAACUGAUUAAGAUAAUUGUGUCAGGAACAUGAUUGUAAUAUGAUGUGUACGUGUAUGAUCAGUUAAAUAAUGAACGAUUGAUUGAAAUCGAUGAUGAAUUUGUAAUCAAAUUAUAAUAAUGUGCCAAAUUAACUUGAUACUAUGCCAGUUGUUGUGAAUGUAUUUUCCAAUUAUACAAUUAUGUCAGUGCCUUUAUAAUCAAGAUUAUUUUAUAUUUAGUUAUUCAAACUAUUUCCAUAUUUUACACAUUUUUUGAAAAACAAUAUUUUUGGUAUUUUUAAGCAUUAUUUUCACCCAUUGCAUUUCCCAAGGCGACUUGACAGGCUUCAAACUUAACAGCGGUACAUUGUUUCUCUGUGUUAUACAAGAAUAUCUACGUUCAAAUGAAGGGUUCUCGAUUUUUGAUAUUUUAAUGCUACAUAUCAUGAAGGGUAACAAAGUAUUUUUGAAAUUAUUCUACCACUUAUAUUUAGAAUAUUUUCAGUUAAUGGUAUUUCUGGAGAUGAGAACUUGAUUGAUAUUUUUAAAAUAAUAGUAAUUAGAAAUUGCCGCAGGUCAACGGGAAUCGAUCUUUAAGAUGGCACAACGAAUUUUGUGUUUAUUUCAUUAUUUUCAUCAAGCUUAACUUGUUUGUUAAAACCAUUAACGAACUUCCUUAAAGAUGUACUUAAAUUAAGCUUCACAGAGUCGCUCAUGUUCGUAUAUAUCCCGUUACCAACCUGUGUAUGCAGGUAUAUAUAUUUCGUGAUAUAUUCAUUGUGCAUUGUUAUCUCAUGUGUGACUCAACACUUUACCUAGUCAUUUUCAGUCGACAAUACAUGUACAUGUGUGUAAUUAUGUAACGCAUUUAUAUUUUGUUAAAGUGAUUUACACAGCUAACAAUAAUCAUUUCUGUUACGUUUCUCUUUGAAAUGGUUGUAAGAAUGCAUUUUAUAUCAACAUUUCAUUAUAUGUAGUAUGUUAGAUGAAAUAAACGUUAAAA